AAAAGAGGAACGAAUAAUGUGGCUUGCUUAGAAAUAAUCCUGAUUUUAGAUUAUUUUUUUUACAAAACUUUUUUAAGGGCUGGUCUUUUAAGACCACAUAGUGGUGGAAAGGAUUUACCUUGCACCAUCUACCUUCAACAGCCCAGCAAACAAACAAUAACCCCACUAACAUUUCAAGAUUACCAAAAGAAAAAAUGGACUCCUACAUAUCAAAUUUCAAUUUACUCGUUGUCCUCAUUCUCCUUGUAUUUGUCGCAAUAGGGUCAGCAGACAACGCUCCAAGAAGGAAACUCGGGGAUAAGAAAUACAAAGGCCCAUGCAUGGCCAUAAAUGCUAUUGACAAGUGUUGGCGAUGCGACCCUAAUUGGGCCGAUGAUCGCCAGAAAAUGGCCGACUGCGCAAUGGGCUUUGGCACCAAUGCGAUGGGAGGAAAGUCGGGCCCAUACUACAUCGUCACAGAUCCUUCUGAUGACGAUGUUGUCGAUCCUAAGCCCGGAACUCUCCGAUUCGGCGUGAUCCAAAAGGGUCCCUUGUGGAUCACAUUUGCCAAAAACAUGAAAAUUAAAUUAAGUAGGGAACUUAUUGUGAGUAGCAAUAAAACAAUUGAUGGACGUGGAGUUAAUGUUCACAUAGCAAAUGGAGCUGGCAUUAAAAUACAAUGUGCAUCACAUGUUAUUAUCUCUAACCUUCGUAUUCACAAUAUAGUACCUACCCCGGGUGGCUUGCUUAGGGAGUCCGAGGACCACAUUGGCCUAAGGAGCGGAGAUGAAGGUGAUGCCAUCAGUAUCUUCAAUUCUCGUGAUAUAUGGAUUGACCACAUCUCUAUGUCCCGUGCAACCGAUGGUCUUAUCGACGCUGUUGCUGAUUCCACUAAUAUUACCAUAUCCAACUGCCACUUUACUGACCAUGAAAAAGUAAUGUUGUUUGGUGCUGAUGAUCAUAAUGAAGUUGACAAGGAAAUGAAAAUUACAUUAGCAUAUAACCAUUUUGGAAAGAGGUUGGAUCAAAGGAUGCCUAGAUGCAGAUUUGGAUUUUUCCAUUUGGUGAACAAUGACUACACCCAUUGGGAAAGGUAUGCUAUUGGGGGGAGCAGCGGAGCAACCAUCAUCAGCCAGGGCAACAGAUUUAUUGCUGUGGAUAAAUUGUUGGUGAAAGAGGUGACAUAUAGAGAAAAAAGUACUUCAAGUGUGGAAGAAUGGAUGAAAUGGACAUGGAUAUCAGAUGGCGAUGAUAUGGAAAAUGGUGCUACAUUUACACCAUCUGGUGACCAACAUUUACUUGACAAAAUUGAUCAUCUCAAUUUGAUUAAACCAGAACCAUCUUCGUUAGUUGGAAAACUUACUAAGUUUUCUGGUGCUUUGGCUUGCAAAAUUGGAUGUAAAUGCUAAAAAACAUUUUUCAGAUUAUUAUUAGUGAACCCCUACUCGCCAAACGGACAAAUAGAAAAGCAAAGAGGAUUAUUAUGUCAUAUUUCUUAGUAUUUCUUUUGGUAAUGGGGGUGACAAAGAGGAUUAUUAUGUAACAUUUAAUUCGCCAUAUAAAGCAAUGAUAAUUCUCUGCUCUCUUAAUCUCU